AUGUGCGCCAUUGCUGGAUUCAUUCGUUUGACCUUCAUUUCUGAUCACCCUCAGCUUAAUCACGCCGCCAACUCAAAAUCAACGAGCGCCAGUUUUCAGCUUCUUUUCCCGUUGAUACUUCUCUCAGCAUCGAGACGUAACGACGGCAGAUUAAAGGAAGCGUGGCGCUUUGUGAUGACGCAUCACGACCGUAAUGCUGAAGCUGCCGGGCAUGGUGUCGAUUCAGCAUAA